AGCUUCCUGCAAUGCAGAAACUGAACAAGGCUGAAACUCAGAGAUUUUCACAUUAUUGGGGAGCUUGAAAAAUGAGCCCUUGAGUUUACUUCUUGAGUUGGCGGCUGACAAGUGUACAAUGAUGAAGAAAAGGCUCUCAUCAGGCAAUGACACGAUGUUCCGGUCUGAGACUCCAGGCAGCCCAGGCAAGCCGGGUGCAGAGGCCCAGAGCAGCGUUCCUGACAGCCCCGGCGCGGUGUUUCUCAGACUCCCUCUACCCAGUCACCUACUGCUGUCCCCGUGGAGAUGUUGACACAGUGAUGACUUUGAGCUUGCUGUGGUGGAGAGACACCCUCAGUUACCUCACAUAUCAGCCUCAGAAAGAAGAGGCAAACAUCUGUGUUCCUGUUCGCCAUCCUGAACUGGAAGCCUGUCAGGUUUCAUCACAGGUUUUGCCAAAACCAACUAUGUUUCUGGCUUUCCUUUUUAAAAUCUGCCACUCAGAGGCUGAGAAUGGUGUGGAGGAGAAGAAGAAGGUAUGCAGGUCGCCAGCAGCGCUGUCUCCCACCCUGUCCAGCGAGGCCGAGUCCCAGGACCAGAAGAGAACCAUUUCCAUGCGGUCAAAAUCCAGUUUCGAUGGUGCCCCUUUAGCAAAUGAGAAAAGCGACUGUAAAACGGAAAGCAAGAAUGACUCUAAGAUUGAAAGGAAAAAGUCCUCAUCUUCAAGCCAGGACAAAGCAAACAUGCAUUUCCACAAACUCUUUCUAGACGUCCCCACGGAGGAACCCCUGAGGCAAAGUUUUACGUGUGCUCUACAGAAAGAAAUAUUAUACCAAGGGAAGCUCUUUGUAUCGGAAAACUGGAUUUGUUUUCAUUCCAAGGUCUUUGGAAAAGACACUAAGAUCUCGAUUCCAGCUUUCUCAGUAACCUUGAUAAAGAAAACCAAAACUGCCCUCCUGGUGCCAAAUGCCCUGAUUAUAGCGACAGUCACAGACAGGUACAUAUUUGUCUCCUUACUGUCCAGAGAUUCAACUUACAAACUACUGAAAUCUGUGUGUGGACACUUAGAAAAUACAGGUAUUGGCAAUGGUCCCAGUCCAUCUUCUCUUGAAAACAGUUUCCGGGCAGACCGCCCUUCAUCUCUGCCUCUGGAUUUCAACGAUGAAUUCUCAGAUCUGGAUGGAGUGGUGCAGCAAAGACGGCAAGACAUGGAAGGAUACAGUAGUUCUGGAUCUCAGACCCCUGAAUCUGAGAACUCUCGAGAUUUCCAUGUGACAGAAUCCCAGACAGUUCUGAAUGUCUCCAAGGGAGAAACGAAACCAACUCGGGCAGAUCCCCUCGUGAACAGAGUACCUGAGGGAAAAGCCAAGAGUCUCCCUGGGCAUGGUCAGUCAGAAACCAUUGGACUCAUACCCAGAGUAAAGUCUGAGAAAUGGCCAACUCUCCACCAUAUUCUUAUAUUCUAUGCAAUUGUUGUCUGUGCACUGAUCAUCUCGACCUUCUACAUGAGAUACAGAAUUAAUACUCUGGAGGAGCAGCUGGGGUCACUAACCUCCAGUGUGGACACCCAUCAGACUGAACAGACAGCACCAUCUGGCCUGGGGUCACAAGUACAGUUAAAUGUGGAGGCCUUGUGCCAAGAGCUUACAGCUAACAUAAUCAGAUUAGAAAAGAUACAAAGCAACUUACAAAAGCUGCUUGAGAAUGGUGACUGAAGCUCAAGCCAUGCAAUACCUCGCACUUCCCUUGAAGAAGGUGCUCCCGGGGUGUUCUGGUGGAGUGCUCCCUGCUGGCCAGAGGAGCUAGCGGACGGGCAGCCUCGCUUGCCCUUGGAGGUCUCAGGCUCAGGAAAGGGGGGAAUGGGGAAUAGUUCUGGUUCCUGUGCAAUAAAAGUUGACCUUGACUCUCUGAGGAAGUUUUCAGUUCUGCUGCCUGAAGCAAACCGUCUCUGGAGGUCUCGGGAAGGGCCCGGCGGACACGUGGAUGAUUGUGGUUCAGCAGGUUAUUGUGACUGUGUCAGCAAACAUAUUCCACUCCAGCCUUUUCAGUCCUACCCAUCUGCCUUUUCUCUCCUGUAUCCACCCCCGCCUUAACCAGCCUUCAACGGAAGGGAUAUAUCAUGUGCCAACAAACUCAAUACAGUCCCUUAAAGAAUUUGCCAUGACUUUCCAAAAGGAAAAAAAAAAACUCUGAUGGACAAACUUGCUUCAAACAAGUGACAUUUGAAUUUUGGGUUUUUUUCCCUUUCUGAUGUUAUUUUCUGGUUUAAGUGACGUGUGUAUCUUAACUUCUCAGCCGAGUAUUGGCAAGAAAAUUUGGAAAAGCUGAUUAAACUAUCCCAUUUUAUGUUUUGUUUUGUUCUUCUCAUUAAUACUUAAUAGGAUUGAUUCUCACCCACCCCAGGUCAAGAAUCUGUGAGACAUGAGACUAAAGUACUAAGUUUAAACUGACUUUGAAACCAAAACUAAUCUUUAAACCAAAAAGUAUAAUAGUGAUUUGAUACUGGAUGGAAGAUACUGCAUUUUUAAGAUUGUAGGUGGACUGUGUUUGUUUUGAAACAGGAUGUCUAUAAUUCAUGCUGAAACCCAUCAGCAUGAUGAUAGCAUGCUUUUCUCUUUUGCUGACUAAAAUAUAUAACUGGUGGUUUGCUAACUUCUAUUUACCAUAUGGGUUGGCUGGUUUUUAUUAAUAAUUAUUUAGAUACCCUAAGAUUUGUUAAUAUAAAAGAUAUUCUGUUUAUCUAUAAUGCAUUUUAUAAUCAUUUCUAUGAAAUGUAUUUUGUUUAAUCAGAUAAGCUAAUAAGUGAAUUGGUUACAUCAUUUGUAUUUGAUAGCUACUGGACAGAAACUGUGCCUGGUGCACCCCUGGCUUUUAAUAAAUACUCAUUGGUUUAAAUA